UAAAACUAGUCACUUUAGAAAAUAUACUUUCUUCCCCAAAACCCUCCCACACAUAGGCAGGAUUUUUCUUUUGGGCAAACCUACUCCUUGGGAAUGGAGGUGGCAAAACCUGUUUGAAGGUGAAGUUACCUCCCUUCUACCCCUCCCUCCUCCUUGGAGGCAAGAGCAACAACAGCUGAGACAGAGAAAAGGGUACAGAAGUGUUGGGGAGCUGGGGUAAUCAGCUUCCUGACAAUUCCAAGUGUUUAAAGAGGGAAACAGGAAGACUGGUGAAGAUGGGAACUAUACAAGAAACAGGAGAAAAUACAUUAGAUCUUGGGGUCAGGGAGAAUGCAGAAGCAGCAGGGCUAGGAGCAUCCCCAAGACUUGGGGAACUGGAGCUGAAGGAGGAAUGGCAGGAUGAAGAAUUCCCUAGAUUGCUUCCUGAAGAGGCUGACCCUUCUGAAGAUCCUGAAGAUCCUAAAAGAGACUUGCAGGCAGGCACCCCCAGCACUUUAGCCUUGUGUGGCCGGCGCUGUAUGCGCAAACGUCUUUCUGCCCCAGAGCUGAGACUGAAUCUGGCUAAGAGGCCUGGAGAUAAUGGAGCUUCUCCCACCCACUCUGUACCUUCCUCUACUGAUGGCAGUUCUGACCUGGAGGUAGACGAAUUGGAGACACCUUCAGACUCGGAGCAGCUGGACAGUGGACAUGAAUUUGAAUGGGAAGAUGAGCUGCCCCAGGCAGAGGGUCUGGGGGCCAGUGAGGCAGCUGAAAGGCUGGGCCGGGGUUGUAUGUGGGACGUGGCUGGAGAAGAUGGUCAUCACUGGAGGGUGUUCCGAACAGGACAGCAGGAGCAGCGAGUGGACAUGACUGUCAUUGAGCCCUAUAAAAAAGUCCUAUCUCAUGGAGGUUACCAUGGUGAUGGCCUCAAUGCUGUCAUCCUUUUUGCCUCCUGUUAUCUACCCAGAAGCAGCAUCUCCAACUAUACCUAUGUCAUGGAACACUUGUUUAGGUAUAUGGUAGGAACUCUGGAGCUGCUGGUAGCUGAAAAUUAUCUGCUUGUUCACUUGAGCGGAGGCACAAGCAGGGCCCAGGUUCCACCUCUGAGCUGGAUACGCCAGUGUUACCGCACUCUGGAUCGGCGGCUCCGGAAAAACCUGCGCGCCCUGGUUGUUGUCCAUGCUACAUGGUAUGUGAAGGCAUUCCUGGCACUGCUUCGGCCCUUCAUCAGUUCCAAGUUCACACGAAAGAUCCGUUUUCUGAACAGCCUGGGAGAACUGGCCCAACUCAUCUCCUUGGAUCAGGUCCACAUCCCUGAAGCUGUCAGACAGCUGGACCAGGAUCUCCAUGGCUCAGGAGGGACCUAGCAUAGGACUGGAAUAAAAGGACCUUAGAACAAAGCAAAGAUAUUGAUCUGCCUACACCCUAACUGCUGCAACAUCUAAGCUGUUUAAUAAAUCAUCUCAUCAACCCUAGUA